ACAAUGGGGAGGGAUAAAAUCCACAUCAACAUUGUGGUCAUCGGCCACGUCGACUCCGGCAAGUCCACCACCACCGGCCACCUGAUCUACAAGUGUGGGGGCGUCGACAAGAGGACCAUCGAGAAGUUUGAGAAGGAGGCGGUCGAGAUGGGCAAGGGCUCCUUCAAGUACGCCUGGGUGCUGGACAAGCUGAAGGCGGAGCGGGAGCGCGGCAUCACCAUCGACAUCGCCCUCUGGAAGUUUGAGACGCCCAAAUACUACGUGAUGGUGAUCGACGCCCCGGGACACCGUGACUUCAUCAAAAACAUGAUCACCGGCACCUCCCAGGAACCAUCGAGACCAGGGACCAUCGAGACCAGGGACCAUCGAGACCAGGGACCAUCGAGACCAGGGACCAUCGAGACCAGGGACCAUCGAGACCAGGGACCAUCGAGACCAGGGACCAUCGAGACCAGGGACCAUCGAGACCAGGGACCAUCGUGA